AAAAACUAUCCGAUAAACCGGAGGAUUAACUUCAUUCGAAAACCUCCACUUUCUUCCCAAUGAUGGCCAAAAAUCUCGCCGUUGGUGAUACGAACGACGUUGAGAAAGUUUUCAAAAAGUUUGACGCUAAUGGCGACGGUAAGAUAUCCAUCUCUGAACUCGGAUCCAUUCUUGGCGCACUCGGUACCGUCACACCUGAGGAAGAACUCAAGGUUGUAAUGAAGGAGAUAGACACCGACGGGGACGGUUUCAUUGAUCUCAACGAGUUUAUCGAGUUUCAGCGCGGAGGAUGUAGCGUUGCCGAUGGAGAUGCGGUGGACAAGGAGCUACGUGAAGCGUUUGAUCUGUACGAUCAGGAUAAGAACGGAAAAAUUUCGGCUGCUGAAUUGCAUUCCGUUUUGAAGAGUUUAGGUGAGAAGUGUUCGUUGAAGGAUUGCCGGAAGAUGAUUGCGUCGGUUGACGUUGACGGCGAUGGUAGCGUUAAUUUCGAAGAGUUUAAGCAGAUGAUGAGUAAAUAAGUAAAUCGUUUCUUUCUCCUCUUCACCAGCCGUAAAUCGUUCUGUGCAUAAAAUGCCAUCAACUCCUUUGCUAAUCGCCUAAUCAGGUAGGUACGUAUUUCAACAAAUUUAGAAGUAGCACAGCGGUAAUUACACUGCUUAAUUCGUAAAUCAACCCUCCAACGGUGUAAAUCUGUUCAUAGACAUGUCAGAUAUAUAACAUUCUCGUUUCCAACUUUUGCUUACUACUUUCCUUUGUUAAUCGAAUAGUGUAGCAAC